AUAAAUUAUUGAAAGUCACAUCACUGCAAAGUAGUGUGAAACGUGCACCUGCUGAUCAUGGAGCCGAGAGCCUUCUGUCUGCUGAUGAUCUUCUGUUUUAUAGAUGUCUGCUAUCUUCAUCCUCUCAACAUUCGUCCCAGUAAUGGACUUCGUUUAUGCCGCAAAAACUCAAGUCUACCAGCUCUGGAGGUUCUUCCAGGAGGAGGCUGGGAUAACCUGCGCAACAUAGACAUGGGCCGGGUGAUGAAUCUGAGCUAUUCCCAGUGCCAGACAACAGAAGACGGAGUCUAUUUCAUUCCAGAUGAAGUUUUUGUGAUUCCACAGAAAGUGAGCGGAGUGGAAACAAACUCUGAGAUGAUCAUGACAUGGCUGGAACAAAAAAGCUCAACUUCAAGUUCCAUCAAUGCAGAUGUUUCUUUCUUUUCAGUGCUCAAUGCAAAAUUCUCCACAGAAAACCAGCGUAUGAAAACCCACCAAGUGAAAGACAGCUCUGUAACGGCACGCGUUCAAGUCCGUAACCAUCUGUACACAGUAAAGGCGUAUCCUGACUUCACUUUGGACUCCCGCUUUGCUCGACAGGCAGAGGAAAUCGCAGAUGCUAUAGAAAACAAUCAAACACGUCAAGCAACAUACCUGUCAGAGAAACUCAUUCUUGAUUAUGGUACUCAUGUCAUCACAAGUAUUGAUGCUGGAGCCACUUUAGUGCAAGAGGAUUAUUUAAAAAUGUCUUACGUAUCUAACAGUCAGUCAGACAAGUCUUCUAUCUCUGCGUCAGCAGGAUUUAACUUUUUUGACAAGGUUAAAUUUGAUAUUGGUGGCAGUACAUCUCAUGGAACUUCUGAAACCAGUGGUUAUCAGGGUAACAUCACAUAUUCUUUAAUGCAGAGCCAUGGAGGGGCUUUAUUCUACCCAGGCAUCACUCUGCAGAAGUGGCAAGAGAGUACACUCAAUAAUCUGGUGGCCAUUGACCGCUCUGGGCUGCCCAUUCACUAUUUUCUGAAUCCAUCAGCAUUCCCAGAUCUCCCAGUACCAACAGUAAAUAAAAUAGCUUCAUCAGUUCGUCAGGCUGCAGAGCGAUAUUAUAAAAUUAAUACCAUUCCAGGUUGCGUAAAUCCAGAUUCCAAAAAUUUUAACUUUCAAGCAAACGUAGAUGAUGCAUCUUGUGAAGGUCCAGUCACUAAUCUUAGCUUUGGUGGCAUUUACCAGAGAUGCACUCCACUAACAUCAGAUGGAAAUGCUAUCUGUGAUGAAACAGCACAGAAAAACCCAGCGACUGGUGAUUAUUCUUGCCUUCAGCAGUACAACCCCACCCUGUUACGCUCUGAGACAGUGGAACAAGGUUACAAUCAUUAUGAAUGCCACAGUCACUGUCAUUCAUGUGGUUUCUUAUGGUUGUCUACUUGUUGUGAUCAAAUAUGUGGUGAUGCUUAUCGUGUUCGUCGUGCAAAAGUGGAAACUUAUUGGUGUUCCUCAACUCAGAAAACCCCUGAGAACUCUGGAUAUCUUUUUGGAGGUCUGUUUAGACAAGGCAUGCAAAACCCUCUGACCAAAUCUAACAGCUGUCCUCCAAACUACUUUCCCCAACACUUUUUGUCUAACGGCAUGAUGGUUUGUCUGAGUAAUGAUUAUGAGGCCGGAACAAGAUUCUCUGUGCCUUUUGCUGGUUUCUUCAGCUGCCAAUCUGGCAACCCUCUUGCACAGGGUCAAAAUCGCUGUCCACCUCAGUUCAGUCAACAUCUUGCCGCUAUUAGUGAUGGCUGUCAGAUAUUGUACUGUGUCCAGUCCGGUGUGUUCACUGGUGGUCAGUUAAAGCCGAUCCGCCUUCCACCAUUCACAAGACCACCCAUGGUCAGCAUGAUUGCAACAAACACUGUAGCUGUAAUGACAGAAGGUGAUCGUUCUUGGGUGAGAGUUGGAGAAACUAAGAUGUGGAGACUGGCAAAGCCUGGUGAAAUUAAUCAAAUGGCAUCAAUGUUUGAUGCGUCAUCUUCUUCUCACAUGUCUGGAGGAGAAAAAGCUGGUGUAGCCAUAGGUGUAAUGGUUCUGGUUGCUCUGGUGAUUGCAGGAACAGUGUUUAUGAAGAGGAGAAAGAGGUUUUCUGCCGUUGGGUUAAGCAGAGGGUAUGAAGAGAUUCAAAGUGAGGAUGAAAACGAAAGCAGUGUAGAGAUUCAGAGAGACCAACAGAAUGAGGAUGCAAAUGAGAACCUCGCUCAACACUUAUUACCAUGACAGUAGCACAUAGCAGUGAUCUCACUCAGUAACCAUUCUCUUCAUUUUUAUUUUAUAUAUGCCUUUAUUUUUGUCAUCUGAUACGAAUUAGUUUUAGAGCAGCUCGAAAAAUAUACAUAUGGAUAUAAUUUUCUACUGUAUUACUUUACUGAUAUAUGUCUACGUCUCUCUUUGAAUUUUUGUCACUAAUAAAGUUCUUAAAGAUAUGCUCAGAAAAUGUCAUUAACUUGUAAUGUGAUUAUAACCUGGCCUAAGCUUGCGAAUAAAAAUAAUUUAAAACAA